AUGGUGUUUGCUGGUACCUUUGCUCAAUGUCUAAAAAAGCAAGUCCAGAUAAGUAGAUGCGACAACAUGAAUAAUGAACUGAAGGGGUCACAAGAACGUAUCCAAAACUUGAAAGGAUGUCUUGAAGCCGAGGUAUAAGGAUUUUCAAAGUUAAGGCAAUUUUAUUUAUACUGGACAGCUCUAUCCAGAGAUGUAAACUCAUGCAUGUUCUUCCUAGAGGUCCAGCAACGCCUGUAACAUUCCUAUUGAAAAUGAUAACACUUAAAUAUUUUUUCACAUAGUGCAUCAAGAUGUCUGAAUCACCAAAUAAGAAAGGUUGCAAGGACCCGCCAAAGAAAGUCAUUCCUGGAUUUAAUGCAUUAUCGAUUAACAAAACCUUAACAGUAAGAUAAAACAUAUAAAAUAUUCAGAUUCAUUUGGUACUAUAAUCGGUAUACUUAUAUAUUUGAUUUUAUAAUUGCAGGUCGAAAACUUCCUGAAAGAAAUCGCAAAGAGAAUUGCGAUCCAUAUAAUUCACAAUAAAGAUAUCAGACAGCAUUUUAAAAGUGUGAAAUGUUACAAGGACACUAAACUGGUCAAGUAUCAAUUGAACAAAAUGAAAAGCUGGAUCAGAAAAACAGUAAGGAACAAUUUCCAUAUCAACAACCUCCGUUAAAAUACGAUCUUAAUCCCAACCCGUGUAGUUAAGGGUGCAAAGCACUAUCCUCAUGGUCAAAAUUAACAAAAUUAUAUUGAAGAGGUGUUAUGUUAUGUUUGAAUGUUUAGCAUGCAAUUUAUUACAAAUUUCACCUUAAAACUUUGUUUUGAAGAGCCAAGAUUUUUUUUUAAAUGUGUUCUCAGAAUGCAGGAAAUGUUAUUUCAGAGACCCAAAUUUUAAAAAUGUCCUGGCGGGGGGACAUGCCCCCAGCUUCAACCCCCCUGGCUAAGUCGUGCCUGCGGUACUCUGCUCACACCUUCGGCGACCGCAUACUAUGCUGGGGGGAGGGCAAGGAAAAUGGGCCCUUUGGCAGUUUUGCCCCACUACUGAAGAAUCCUUAAAAAUGCACCGACUUAAGGCGGUUUUCCAGUCCUCGCACGAAGCUCCUCGCAGCUCGCUGCGAGUGCUUGCAUCUAAUUAAAAUUAACGGUUUAGCAUUGUGAUUGGAUGAAAGUGCUCAUGCAUCACUCGCAGCGAGCUGCGAGGAGCUUCGUGCGAGGACUGGAAAUCCGCCUUUACUCCUUCGCUUCAAACGUCGAAAUUCUCCAGUUAUAUUUUUCAAGCAGUUGCAUUCCUAACAACGAAAGCUUGAUUACACUAUUUUCUCUUUUCAGCAACGAAAUCUUGGUUUCUCAGAGGUGGUACAGAGUAGUCUGCCGCCAAAGCUUGCUACCACCGGGGCAAAGUCGCCCAAGGAUUGGUACGAUGUGGAAAUACAGAUGUUGACCAAUCUCAUGAAGGAUGUCAACGAUAUGCGAGGAUAUUUUAAAAGUUCAAAAACAUGCAUCAUUCCAGCAUGUUAG